AUGGGUAACGAUAAUUGGAGAGUUAUUGCUAGCACUGCGGCUAUUACUUUUGCCGGUGUGAAGUUUAUCGAUUUGGCUAUCAAGUCUUGGAAUAAACGCACUGCAGCAUCUUACUCGGGUUCAGACAAUGAAAAAGAUGUGAAACUAGCCAAGCGGCUAAGGGAGACUAGAGAAUACGAUAAUUUGCUUUACAGGGAGCAACUUGCUCGUAAUUAUGCUUUCUUAGGCGAAGAAGGUAUGGAAAAAUUGAAGGAACAGUAUUUUAUUGUCGUUGGUGCUGGUGGUGUCGGUUCAUGGGUCGUUACCAUGUUGGUGAGAUCUGGUGCCUGCCGUAUUAAAAUUAUCGAUUUUGACCAAGUUUCUCUAUCCUCUUUGAAUAGACACAGUUGUGCUGACUUGUACGAUGUUGGUUUAUCGAAAGUGAACGUUUUAAGAGAUCAUUUACAAAAGAUCGCCCCAUGGUGUAACAUCGAAGUCUGUAAUGAGCUUUGGAACAAAGAAAAUGCCGAUCGUUUGAUUUUUGGUGAUGGAACGCCCACUUUUGUCAUUGAUUGUAUUGAUAACCUUGAUACUAAGGUUGAUCUAUUGGAAUAUACAUACAAGAAAAACAUUCCAGUCAUAGCAUCCAUGGGAGCCGCAACUAAAAGUGAUCCAACUAGAAUUAAUGUUGGAGAUUUGACUAUGACAGAAGAAGAUCCACUAGCACGUACUGUUAGAAGAAGACUAAAACAAAGAGGUAUCACCAAGGGCAUUCCUGCUGUCUUUAGUGCAGAGAAACCAGAUCCAAAAAAGGCAAAAUUAUUACCGUUGCCAGAAGAAGAAUUCCAGAAGGGUAAUGUGGAUCAACUAAGUGCAUUAAAGGAUUUCCGUGUCAGAAUUCUACCCGUCUUGGGAACCAUGCCAGGUGUUUUUGGGUUGACUAUUGCUACUUGGGUCUUAUGUAAGAUUAGCGGUUACCCAAUGGAACCAAUAGAAGGUAAGAACAGAAUCAAAUUGUACGAUGGCAUUUAUCAAUCCUUAGCUGGUCAAAUGACGCGUAUUGGUCAAAAAGACCAAAGAAUUCCAAUUGCACUAAGUGACAUUGGAUACAUUGUGGAGGAAGUGUGGAGAGGUAAAUCACCAAUCAGUAACUAUUCUACUAGGUUAACUUUAUCCAAAUGGGAUCCAACAAAGCCAGUGAGCAUUCAAAACGUCAUACUGCUAACCAAAGAUGAGCAAAGGGAGCAUGAAGCUAGAAUCUUGAACGGUACCGAGACAUUUUCUGAUGUAUACUCUGAAGAAGCUUUAGCAAUGAUUAAUAAAAGGUUCCAAGAAGAGUUGUACUAUUCUCAGUUCAGGUGA